GUUGCCUGGUAAACGGUGAGCCUGUUUAGGUUGUUUGGUACAAUAAUCUGUUUAUUCGGCUUUGAAUUUGCAUUCAUUCAUCGCUGGCAUGUGCGUAACGCAGGAACAGCCCACCGUACUGUUGACAGGUUUUGGGCUGUUCAGGGAUUACAAGAACAACUCCAGCAAAGAAGUGGUCUCUGAGCUGUCUCGUAUGGGCAUUCCUGGUGUCCGUAUUGUCACAGCUGAGUUGCCAGUCGAAUAUGAAGUUGUCUCAAAAACUGUGCCCGAGCUCUGGGAAAAACACAAGCCAGUGUUAGCUGUGCACUGCGGCAUGAAUGCUAAUGCUGAUGCUCUUACACUGGAGAAAGUUGCCAACAAUGGUGGAUAUGGCUCUGUGGACAAUGUUGGUGCUUGCCCUCAAGGGGGACUCUGCACUGUGGAAUGUGCUAGCGACCUCCUGCUUUGUACCCGCUUGGAUGUAGAUGCCGUCUGCAAGCGGUUGCAGGAAGAUAAACUAGACGUUCCCGUGAAAGUGUCUCAAGAUGCUGGCAGGUUCCUCUGCGAGUUCAUCUACUUCACUUCACUGAAGAUCAACCAGUCCACUGUGUUUGUGCAUGUGCCACCAUUAGACGAGCCUUUCAGCAUUCAACAGCUCGCGAGAGCCUUAGGCGCAAUAAUCCGAGCUCUGUUGGAACAGCUAGGUUGCAAGCUGAUGAGUGCGGUCGUAUAGCAUAUUUUUAUCUUUCCAUCGCCAACCAAAGUUCUCAGUUUUACCCUGUUGGUUAUUUUGUUGGCCACUCGUUGCAGGUUUACAUUCAUACACUUUGUUGUCCUGUUUUUUUGUCAUAUUUUUAUUUUUCUCUGAUAAUGAAGCACUGUUGUAGGAAGAAGACAGUUACAGUGCGCCGAGGAUUUUAAUCCCAAUCAAUGCCAUAUGAUGUAGUGAAGGCAAAAUUUUUGAAUAGUGAUUGAUCAUGUGGAUCAAGAAACGUUUAGAGCAUAGUAGGUGAACAAGUUUAACCAUACUUCGAAAAUAUUAUAAAUGAAAUCGCCUGAACUUGAUUAUCUGUUGACUGUUUUGCAGAUGAUUAGUAAUAUGUGGCAGAGAGGCACAAUUAAAUGCGCUGCAAUGUCAGCUCAUUGCCAGUA